CCAGUUUUGAAGAUAUUUUCGGGACAGCCGCCACCGUGGAAAGUAGUAGUACCGAAACCUGCACUACAAAACAGCAUCCAAGCAGGUUCUUGAUCAUAUCGGUCCUGGUUUUUCCUUACCAUUUGAGCUGAACAGUUUUACAUUUGCAAGCCAUUCAACAUCACUAUUAACAAAGAGAUGGAUUCCAAACGUGAUAAUAAUGUGAGCAAUCCAUUUGAUGAUGAAAAUGCAAUCCAGGCAUGCUGUGCUGAUUCAGAUGAUGGAAAUAAUUCAGCUAUAUCAGGCCAUGAAGUUAUAGAGGAAGAAGAGGAUGGGGAGGAGACGGAGGAGGAGGAAGACGGGGAGUGCGUAGCGGGGAAGGAAGGGGAGGGGGAGUCUUCUGUGGGAUCGAUGUGGAGGACUAAUUCACCCACUGGAAAGGAUUCCCCUGCCCACGACUCUACUAGUGACUCGGUUACAGAGAUGGACGAUUCUUUAGACUCAGCAUGGACAGAUGACAAGCAUAGCUCAUAUCUAAGUUCAAUAGAGGCAUCAUUUGUUGAGCAGAUGUAUGAAAAAAAAUACCGUUUCUUGGAUACUCAUGGGCAGACUCCUAAGCAGAAUGAAUCGUCUGAUCCAAAUUGUGCUGAAUCAACGCCCAAUUAUCUGAAACCUAUCAAUAAGUUUAAAGUAUUGCGAAAAGGAUGCUGGCUAAAGCUAAAUUACAGUAGAGCAUGUCAUCUAGGCGUUUCAACUCCUCAGACAGUUGCGGCAAGCCCAUGGAUACAACACUACAUGACAGCACCCUGUUCCAAAGGACAUGAGGUGCCAUCGCGAACUGUUAACUUAUCCUGUGAUGAACACAAAAUAGCUGCAGUAGCUGUUCCCCAGAUAAAUGCACUUGAAUCAAAGCAUCCUUUUCAUAUAAAGACAGCUCACAGGGAAUUCCCUGAUGCAAAUGAACAACUCAAUGUCCAGCAUCACAGUAUAGGAUACAAGUCUGCUGAUUCCUACAGUAUUUGUGGUAGAACAGAGACAAGACAUAUUUGCACCCAAGAAUUGGUUGUACAUCCUCCUCCAGUUUCUGAUAAAGGAGUCAACAUGGAAAGAAAUCAUACUGAUAUGAUAACUAGGAGGCAGAAACCGAAAAUCGGCAGUAUUAGCUGCUCAGACAGAGAUCAGGUUGUUCCAUUGUUACAAAGUUCGAACUCUGCAGAUUUAGGAGACUGCAUAUCGAAUUCGAAUCGCAAGAAGUCGACUUCCCCAAAUUGGAAUGGUAAAAACAUGCCUGUUUCCUUACUAGUUCACAGAAAAUGAUGGCUGUUGUUUAAGGAAAGAAUUCGCAAGAGAAUACAUCACAGAAAUAUUCACAAUGAAAGUGCAGUCUGUACUGUCAUAAUGAAGAGCUUCUCAUGUAUUACUAAGGAUUCAGAUUUUAAUAGGAGAAAACAAUCACAGAGGAAAGUUCUUAAUAGAAGUUAGUAAUCAGCUACAUAAAAUCUAUUAAUCUGCUGUUUGUAUUGUGGGUUGCUGAGCUUCUAUAUCGAGGCAACAUAGGUAGUAACUAUUGAGGGUGUUAUGAGAAAAAAUUGUACAGCAUUGGAGUAAGGGAUAUUUUAGUGGGUAUGUAUAGCCAUUUGGUUAAUAUAUAUAUAUAUUGUUGGAUC